AUGAGAUGUUGUUCCCUCACGCGAUGGGAGAGAGGGCUUUGGGACGAAUGUGAUUGGCCAACUGUUGGCUCAUCUCGGCCAGGGCAAGCGGACCGGAGCAGCGGUUGUAGAGCCAGGCCCAGCCAAAACCUCAAUCAGACCUCCGGUCAGGCUUCUCGUCUCUCUCAGCCCACCCAAAUCUUCGCGUCUCCCUCCGUGCCUAUGCGACCCACAGCUCGGCUGGUCGGCCCAAAUCAAUAG